AUGUCGGAAGACGGGCUGGACGACGAGCUUAUCGCGCUCGUGGGCGAGGACAAAUCGAGUCCGCCGCCGCGCCAGCUGUCUCCAGAUCGGAGCAAGGGUCGGCGCGCCGCUCUGAUCGAAGACUUGUCUGACAGCGAUGAGGACGAGGAGGAAGACGCGUCACGCGCGCUGUAUCCGCUCGAGGGCAUCUACAAGGAUGCGGAUGACCGCGAAUGGUAUCGCCGCGAUGAGAUCACCCGGCGUCAGCAGCAGGCGCAGCUGGCCGCCAUGGUGCGCUCACAACAGGCGGCUGCCGGUAAGACGCGUCGCACGGGCGCCAAGCCCAAGAUGAGCGAGGCACAGCGUGCCAAGCGCCGGCGCGAUCAUGCGCGCCGCGAGCUGGAAGACUUAGACGACCCCUUUGCAGAGGACGAGUCGGAGGAGGACGUGUUUGCCGAGUCGGACGAUGACGAGCCCCGUCGGCCUGCGACGACCAAGGCAGCGAAACUUUCAGAGCUUCGGCGCAGCCGGGCAGAGCGCAGCCGCGGCGUGCGCGCUCGUGACGACGACGCCUCGCCGCCUCGCCGCCGGCGUCGCGCCAUGGACAGCGACGAGUACGAGAGUGAGUCGGACUACGAGCCAUCAUAUACGCCGCGGCGCGUGCGUGGCGAAUCGCCCAUACUUGUGGCGAGCAGCCAUGAGCCACCAUCGCUGGAGCAGCUGAAUGCUGUGCGCCUGGGGCGCGACGAGCUGGAGCGCUUGCUCUUUAUGCCGAACGGCAAAGACGUGGUGCGCGGCUGCUUUGUGCGCUGUUCCUGGGGCAUGCGCGAGCGGCGCGAGGGCGGCAAGGAGCCGCUGUACCGCGUGCAUCAGAUCACCGAUGUGCAACAGCGUGAAAAGUACUAUGACGUGAGCCAGGACAAGGCGGGGCGCUGGAUGAACAGCUUUUUAUCGUUCCGCUGGGGCGGGAAGGACCACAGCGUGGACCUGCGCCCCAUCAGCACGCAGAGGAUCAGCGAUUCUGAGCGGCAGCGCUGGAUCGCUGCGGCGGGCCCUGACCCUCAGUUCCCAAGUGCUGAUGCUUUUGAGGCCAAGCAGCGGCAAGUCGAGGCGGCGCUGAGUGCGCCUCUGACCGAAAAUGACAUCAAGAACAUGAUCCAGCGGAAGCGCGAGCUGCGCACAGCGGCUGAGGCAAUGGGACAGGGGUCCACAGCCGCUGCCGUGGCGGCGGUCCAGUCCAACGCCCCCAGUCGCUUUGACGAGCAUGCCAUGGCACAGAUCAACGAGCGCAACCGAAAACAGGACCGCGAGCGCAUCCAUGAAGCAGAGCGCCGAGCUGCACGAGCGAAGCAGGCGGCCCCCCCGCCGGCCGAACCUUCAGCCGCGCAGGUCUCUGCUGCCCUGGCCGCGGCACCGUCAGGCUCCGCCGUUGUGCCCAAUAUUGAUAUAGACCUAGGCGACUUUUAG